GGCGCCAUGUCAUCCGAGGAGAGACUUAAAACAUUUACAUCCUUGGGAAAGAAAGUGAUGGCAGUAGGGCGAAAUUACAGAGCCUUGGCGGCUGAGCAGGGAAAUCCAAUACCUGAGAAACCGAUCGUCUUCAUGAAACCCACGUCAUCCUUCAUAACAGAGGGACGGCCUAUAAAAAUUCCCUUGGGAUGUGAACGCUUGUAUUUCGAAGUGGAGCUUGGAGUGAUCAUAAAGCGCCAGUGCUCCAACGUGAAGAAACAGGAUGUAGAUAACUACAUAGGAGGAUAUUGUCUCGUUCUGGAUAUGACAGCACAGGAUUUCCAAGUAGAUGCAAAGGCCAAAGGACAUCCCUGGUGUUUGUCGAAGGGCUUUGAUACAGCGUGUCCUGUCAGUGCAUUCAUCCCAAAGCAAAAAAUAAAAGAUUAUAACGACAUUGAACUGUGGCUAAAAGUCAAUGACGUGAUAAAACAGAGGAGCAGUACCAGUGAUAUGAUAUUUAGCAUUCCCCAUGUGAUCAGUUACGUAAGCAGUUACAUCACCUUGGAGGAAGGUGAUGUUGUCAUCACAGGUUCGCCUGCUGGUGCUGGUCCGGUUAAACCAGGAGAACUCAUCGAAGCCGGUCUUGCUGAUGUUGUGUCCAUGAAAUUCCCAGUAGCUACUUGAUGAAAACAGCUGAAUUCUAUCUUGCUGUAAAAAAAGUUUCAUUCUUGUGUCUAAGUAAUAGAAAAAAAAAAUGCUGAAACUAAAAACUAAACUAAACAGAACGACCAUUCAUUCUUCCUCAUCUUGGAGAUGACCUUGUAAUCUCAAAGUGAUGACAUACCUCAGUGUAAAAAAAUAAAAAUAAAAACAAAAAGUAAAAAUCAGAGCAUUUCAGCCAUUUAAAGUUUUAAAGUAAUAUAGCCUAGACACAAAUAGCAACAACAACA